GGCGGCCGGCGGCGGGGGCGGAGGCGGCGGCGGCCUCUCAUUGCCGGCAGGUGCGAGCCCUUCCUCCGCGCCCCGAGGGGAGCUCUGAGGGCCCCGUGCUGCAUCCCCAAGAUGAGCAGCAAGGAACCCACCGAGGUCUCUGAGAGGAGCCACCUGAAGGUUUUCCUGCCCCGGAAGCUGGUGGAGUGUCUGCCCAAAUGCCCCGUCCUGCCCAAGGAGCAGCUGCGCUGGAACACCAAUGAGGAAAUCGCCUCCUAUCUCAUCACCUUCGAGAAACACGACGAGUGGCUCUCCUGCUCCCCCAAGACCAGGCCGCAGAACGGCUCCGUCAUCCUCUACAACCGGAAGAAGGUGAAGUACCGCAAGGAUGGCUACUGCUGGAAGAAGCGCAAGGACGGCAAGACCACCCGCGAGGACCACAUGAAGCUGAAGGUGCAGGGGGUGGAGUGCCUCUACGGCUGCUACGUCCACUCCUCCAUCGUCCCCACCUUCCACCGCCGCUGCUACUGGCUGCUGCAGAACCCCGACAUCGUCCUGGUUCACUACCUGAACGUCCCGGCCAUGGAGGAGUGCAGCCGCCCCUGUGCCCCCCCGCUUUGCGCCGGCAGCCCCCCACUUUGCGCCGGCGGCCCCCCGCUUUGUGCCGCCACCGCCGACCCCCGCGAGUGGCUCAAGUGGUCGCAGGAGGAGCUCGUCGCCCAGCUCCGCCCCAUGUUUCACGGGAUGAAGUGGGGCUGCAGUAACGGGGGGGGGGCCCCGGCCGGGCUCUCGCUGGAGCAGCUGGUGCAGCACGUCCUGGAGAGUCACCAAGCGCGGCCGCCCCCCCGCACCCACGCCUGCCUCUGCGCCGGGGGGCUGGGCACCCCAGGCCACAAGUGCGGCAGCACCAAACACCGCAUCAUCUCCCCCAAAGUGGAGCGGGGGGGCGGGGGGGCAGCGGCGGCUGAGCCCCCCAAAGCCGCCCCCUCUUCCCCCGACACCACCCAACCCUCCCCAGGCCUGGGGGGGGGCCCCCCCGAAGGGCCCCCCCCCUUUUCCCCGGGCCUCCCCCUUUUAGUAGUGGCCAAUCUGGGGGGGGGGGCCCCGGGGGGGCCCGAAAACCCCCUGGGUCUGACCCCCAGCCAACACCUGGUGACCCCCGAGGGCUCCUGCCCCACGGCGCCGCCCCCCCCCGCCGCCUUCGACCCCGACUGCUUCCUCAACAGCCCCCGCCGGGGCCAAACCUACGGCUGCGAGGCCGAAGCCCCUCCCGGCGCCCCCCCCCCCCCCCCCCGAAGCCCUGCCAAAAUUGGGGGUGACGAGGAAGAGGAGGAGGAGGAGGGGGUGGGGGCAGCACCACCGGUGCCCCCCCGGGACCUCGGCGCCGCUGCCGACCCCCAGCCCCACUUCGCCCUCCCCUUCGCCGAGCUGCUGGCGGGCGACGGCGGGGUCCCCCCCACCCCACGCGACCCCCCCCCACCCCACGCACCCCCCCCUACCCCUCCCGCCCCCCCCGACGAGCCGCCGGUGGCCAUCACCGACUUCUCCCCGGAGUGGUCCUACCCCGAGGGUGGGGUGAAGGUGCUGAUCACGGGGCCGUGGGGCGCCGGCGCCUACAGCUGCCUCUUCGACCGCGUCUCGGUGCCAGCCGCCCUGGUGCAGCCGGGCGUCCUGCGCUGCUACUGUCCCCCGCACGAGGCAGGUGUGGCCGCCCUGCGUGUGGCCUGCCCCCCCCGGCUCCUCUCGGCUGCUGCCCCAUUUGAGUACCGGGCGCGGGGGGGGGCGACCGGCCCCCCCGGAUCCCAGCUGGACUGGUUGUCCCUCGAUGAGGCCCAGUUCCGUCUGUCCAUCCUGGAGCGGCUGGAGCAGCUGGAGACUCGGCUGGGGGCCCUGCCCCCCCCGCGGCCCCCCCCCCCGCCACGCGGAGCCCCCCCGGAGCCCCCCCCGGGACAGGGGCCGGGGUCCUCCUUCGAGGCGCGGGUGGUGGCCGUCUGCGAGGCCAUGAUGGCGCGGCCGGGCUGGCUGGGGACGUUGUCGUCGUCGUCGUCGUCGUCAUCAUCGGGGACCUCGUCGUCAUCGGGGACGGCGCUGGCCCACGGGGCCACCUUCCGCGGGAUGACGCUGCUGCACCUGGCGGCCGCCCAGGGCUACGCCGGCCUGGUGGAGGCCCUGCGGCGCUGGCGGGCGCUGGCGGCCGACAGCCUGGAGCUGGAGCAGGAGGUCGACCCCCUCAACGUGGACCAUUUCUCCUGCACCCCCCUGAUGUGGGCGUGCGCCCUGGGUCACCGGGAGGCGGCGGAGCGGCUGUGCCGCUGGGACCGGCGGGCGCUGGCCGUCCCCGACACCCUGGGGCGGCUGCCGCUGGGCCUGGCCCGCGCCCGUGGCCACCUGGCCCUUGUCACCCGCCUGGAGGAGCUGCAGCCGCAGCUGUCACCUGCGUCCCCGCGCUGUCACCUCCCCGGCCUGCGCGUCCCCUCCCCGCUCUCCGCCAGCCCUGACACAGGGCUGAGCACGGCCAGCAGCCUCUCCUCCCCCUCGGGGCUCUCGGAGGGACCGGCCUCUGUCCCCCUGCCCCCCGGCCCCCCCGGCCCCCCCGAGGACGAGAGCUGGGCGGUUGGGGACCCCCCCCCCCCCAAGUGUCCUGAUGUCACCCGUGUGUCCCCCCAGGCGGAGGUGGUGACGCUGGCCCAGCAGAUCAUUGAGGCCACGCCUGAGCGCAUCAAGCAGGAGGCGCCGGGGGGGGCCCCCGGGGACAGCGGGGGGGCCCCAGCGACGGCGGGGGGGCCCCUGGGGACGCCGGGGACGCCGGGGCUGAGCGCCGCCAUGGCCUGGCUGGCCACCUACCUGGAGAGCGUCGACCGCCCCCCCGCGCCCCCCCACAGAGCGGAGGCACCCUCCCGGGGGUCCCCGGGGGUCCCCGAGGGCCGCCCCCCCCCCCCCUCGGCGGCCGGCUGGGCCGAGUUCCUCAACGCCUCGGGGGGGGCGCGGGGGGAGAGCGCCGUCGCCCUCCUCACCCUCUCCGACCAGGAGCAGCACGAGCUCUACGAGGCCGCCCGCCUCGUCCAGGGCGCCUUCCGCAAGUACCGGGGCCGGAGGCUGAAGGAGCAGCAGGAGAUGGCGGCCGCCGUCAUCCAGCGCUGCUACCGCAAGUACAAGCAGUUUGCGCUGUACCAGCGGAUGACGCAGGCGGCCAUCCUGAUCCAGAGCAAGUUCCGCAGCUACGCGGAGCAGAAGCGGUUCCAGCGGCGGCGGCGCGCGGCCGUCCUCAUCCAGCAGCGCUACCGCAGCCACCGCGAGCACCAGCGCCUGCAGCAGGGCCCCCGCGCCCCCCCCGCCGGCCUGCCCCCACGCCUCCGGGGCACCUUCCUCACCAUCAAGCAGGACCAGGCGGCCCGGAAGAUCAUGCGGUUCCUGCGGCGCUGCCGCCACCGGAUGGAGGAGCUGAAGCAGAGCAAGGAGGGGGACAGUUUACAGAAGCGGGGCCUGGCCUCGUGACACCCCCACGGGGGACCCAGGCGUCCGGGGGGGGCAGCCCCUCCCCCCCCAAUCCCCCCCCCACCCCCACAGGCUUCGCCUUAUCUCCGGUGCCAAGCGCGCCCCCCCCAGAUCCCCCCAGCACCCGGCCGCCUGGGUCCUCCCUGGGGGAGUCGGGGGGGGGGGGGGGGCAGGGCUACCCCACGCCCCUCCCCCCUGCUCCUGUACCCUCCCCCCGGCCCUCCUCCCCGCAUGCCCCCCCCCCCCCCCCCCCCCCUCGCGCGGGCCCUUUGUACAAAGUUCCAUUAAAA